AUGAAGAAUAUGUUGGAGAUUGCUUUUCCUGGAACUGAGGUUAUCCUUGCAAAUUAUCCCCCAUCGCUUCCAAAGCGUCUGCUAAGCAAAUUGGUUCCAGUUGUUCAGAUUGGUGUUAUAGGAGUGGUUAUUGCAGGGGAACAUAUUUUUCCAAUGUUGGGUUUUGCUGCACCUCCUCCUUGGUAUCACAACUUGCGUGCUAAUAAAUUUGGAACCGUUGCUACUACUUGGCUUCUUGGGAAUGCCUUGCAGUCAUUCUUACAGAGCUCUGGAGCUUUUGAAAUUUACUUUAAUGGUGAACUGGUUUUCUCUAAGCUGAAGGAGGGAAGGUUUCCUGGAGAGAUCGAGUUGAAGGAUUUGAUUACCAAAAAGAUGACAAAUUCUAUACGUGUUAAUGGUGUGUCAGAAUUGAUGUCUUAG